AUUCUUGAGCGAUUCAAACCUGAGAUCAACGAUCGACCAUGAAGUUCCUCGCUGUCUGUCUCAUCCUGGUCCCGGUUCUGCUGGCGCUGUCGGUCCACGUCGCGGCUGCUCCGGGAUGCGGGCCGUGUGACCCGGCGUCGUGCUCCCCGCUCCCGACUGAGGGAUGUCCGGCCGGGUCGAUCCAGGACGCAUGCGGAUGCUGCUCCGUUUGCGCUGCCGCGGAGGGAGACGCGUGUGGGGGUCGCCGCGCGUCAGCGCGCCGCUGUGGACCGGGUCUCGAGUGUGUGAGGAGUGACGGAGACAAGAAAUCCAAAGUUGGAGUUUGCGUGUGUAAGACUAACUACGAGGUCUGCGGGAGGGACGGGGUCACCUACAAGAACGGAUGCGCCCUGAGAACCGCAAGCGCGACCGCUGAGAGCCGCGGACAGGAGCCCAUCAACCUGCAGAACAAAGGACGCUGCGCCUCAGCUCCCGUCAUCGUCACCCCUCCAGCUGAGGUGCACAACGUGAGCGGCGCUCAGGUGUACCUGAGCUGUGAGGCGGUGGGCGUGCCCACACCCGUGCUCACCUGGAAGAAGGUCCUCAGUGGGAGGAGGAGGAUGGAGCUUCUGCCCGGCGACAAAGACAACCUGGCCAUCCAGACCCGUGGAGGACCUGAGAAACACGAGGUGACCGGCUGGGUUCUGAUCUCACCGCUCACCAAAGAAGAAGAAGGGUCUUAUGAGUGUCACGCCGUCAACGCCAAGGGUGCGGCGACCGCGGUCGGCGCCAUCCACGUGGUUGAGUCCCUCGAUGACGUCACUGUUAAGACAGUGGCCAAGGAGGCAGAGCUGUGAUCAGCUGAGGAAGUGUGAAACAGAACCUUCACCUCUUGUCACCAGCAAUUUAUGUAACCGACUCCUUCUCUCUCUCUCUUGUCCCGAAUUAAACUGGUGACUGACAUCUCA